AUGUCGGAAGUAUCAGUGCCCCCCACCCAAGUGUUGGAGAACCCAGAUGGAACGAAGACCGUCGUUUCCUACAGGGUCGAGAAUGGCAAGAAGCUCAGAGUGACGCAGAAGGUCCGUGAAAUAAAAGUGACAGAAAAAGUGAACAAGUCUGUGGCAUCAAGAAAGCACUGGAAGAAGUUUGGCGCGGAAGCUAACUCUGCACCAGGCCCAGACUACUCGACCACACAGCUUGGCGAAGAGUUGUUGCUUAGAUUGGGCACGUCGUGGAAGAAAUUGGAAGAGGAAGAAGAGCAAAAGGCGAAGGAGGCCAAGGGUGGCGAGAAGCUGAUCACCUGUAGAACCUGUGGUGGUAACCAUUAUACCAUGCACUGUCCUUUCAAGGACACUUUGGGUGACGCCUCUGCUGCCGCUGCGAGCUCCGCUGCGGCCGACCCUGCAGUCGAGUCUGAGGCCGCCGCCGGCGCCCUCGAAACUGGCAGCAUCAUUGGUGGCAAGUACGUUCCUCCUUCUCGCCGUGCCGGUGCUAGAGAUCCAUCUUCGAACAACAACUUUGAUGCCUACAGGGACCAGAGAGAGCGUGAUGACGCUAAGACUUUGAAGAUCAUGCAGUUGAACGAGAACGCCGAUGAGAACACUCUGAGGUACGAGUUGCUGUUCCCAUUCGGCAGAAUUCCAAAGGUAGUGGUCGUGAGGAAUAGGGAAACCGGCAGGUCCAGAGGUAUCGCUUACGUCACUUUCGAGACCGAAGAGAUUGCCGAGACCGCUCUGAACUUCUUGAACGGCAGAGGUUUCAUGAACUUGAUUCUGAACGCGGACUGGUCCAAGCCAAAAGUUAAGGAGUAA